AUGUCAAGGUCACUUCAACUCAAAGAUGAGGGGAACAAAUGCUUCAUGGCCGGCGAUUAUGUCGGCGCUGAAGCCCUUUACUCCAAAGCCAUCAUCGCAGACGCCAGGAACCCGGCUCUCUACACCAAUCGCGCCAUGGCCCGCCUCAAGCUGAAUUACUGGGAUUCAGUCGUCACUGACUGCGAAGCUUGCCUACAGCUGACACCCGACAAUAUGAAAGCGCGAUAUUAUCUUGCCGAGGCACAGCUCGCCCUUCGAGAUUAUGACGCUUCUCUCGCAAGCGCACUGCACGCACACAAGUUAUGCGCCGCUACCAACGACCGUUCGCUCGCUGCGGUCACGAGUCUUGUUCUGCGCUGCAAGAAGGAACGAUGGGAGGAUAGUGAAAAGAAGCGGACGCGCGAAGCAAAAGAUCUUGAGAGAGAGGUCCUAGAAAUGCUAAACAGGGAAAAGGAAGCAACGCUAGCGGAGACGGAGGACGGAAUGGAGAAGCAGGAGAUUGAGGAGGAGACCAAUGCGAAGAUUGAGAGGAUGAAGGAUGUCUUUGAGAGAGCACGGGCGGAUGCUGAUAAGAAGAGAGAAGUCCCCGACUGGGCGAUUGACGAUAUCAGCUUUGGCUUCAUGGUUGAUCCCGUUAUGACAAAAACCGGAAAGUCGUAUGAGCGCUCGUCUAUCAUGGAACACCUUCGACGGCAUCCAACCGACCCUCUGACCCGUGAGCCGCUUGUCGCUUCGCAAUUACGGCCAAAUCUAGCGUUGAAGCAAGCCUGCGAGGAAUUCCUGGAGAGCAACGGCUGGGCUGCCGAUUGGUAA